GACGGGGACAGCUCAGCAGCGGGUGCGCGGCGGCGGCUCUGUCUCAGCCCCAUCCGCAGACCUGGCCUCGGUGCCCGCCGCUCCCCGCCCGCUCUACGGCCGCCCCCUGGCCGCCGUCCCCCCGCCGCUGUCCUGCUGCUGCUCCGCCGCCGCCUCCUUCUCUUCAUGAAGCCCGUCGUCGUCUUCGUCCUCGGCGGGCCCGGGGCGGGGAAGGGGACGCAGUGCGCUCGCAUCGUGGAGAAAUAUGGCUACACGCACCUUUCUGCUGGUGACCUCCUUCGAGAUGAACGAAAAAGGCCAGGCUCACAGUAUGGAGAACUCAUUGAGAACUACAUUAAGGAGGGGGAAAUUGUACCGGUUGAAAUAACAAUCAGCUUGCUGAAGAGGGCUAUGGAUCAAACAAUGGCUGCCAAUUCCCAGAAGAACAAGUUCUUGAUUGAUGGAUUUCCCAGGAAUGAAGAUAAUCUUCAAGGGUGGAAUAAGACUAUGGAUGGAAAGGCGGAUGUUUCUUUUGUUCUCUUUUUUGAUUGUGACAAUGAGAUAUGUAUUGGCCGCUGUCUUGAAAGAGGCAAGAGCAGUGGUAGGAGUGAUGAUAAUCGGGAGAGUCUGGAAAAGAGAAUUCAUACGUAUCUGCAGUCUACUAAGCCUAUAAUAGAUUUGUAUGAGAGAAUGGGAAAAGUCAGAAAAGUGGAUGCCUCUAAAUCUGUUGAUGAAGUUUUUGAAAAAGUUGUACAAAUUUUUGACAAAGAAGGCUAAUUCCCAGCUUGAAAGUUCAUUUAAACUUGUGCUUGAAUCUUGCUUGAAUAGCUGCUACUGCAGUCCACUCUUUGUAAUUGUUUUAAAAGAUUUUUUUUGAUUGUUUUUCACAUAUCUAAUGAUGAUUGGAAAAGCAGUUAAUUACAAAUGGAUCUGUUUUUUAAAUAGGAAAUCAUUUCUUGUGGCUAUAGUAUACAAAUUUCAGGGUUCUCCAUUAGUACAAGUUCAGUUACAUGGCAAAACCACAGUUAAAACAUCUCUUUGAAGAGACUAUUUAUUCUGUCACAGUUCUGUGCCUAUCAUGGGCAGCCCUUCUUAUUCCUUAUUGCCAUACACCUUUUUUUUUUUUUUGUUAAGUAUCAACUAAACAGCAGCAUUAAGUAAUGAGGGACCCAUGUGCCCUUGUUUGUUUUUCGGAUGCUUGGACCAAAUUUAGCAGAUAUUUUUUCAGAGUAUAAUUUUGUCACGAAGUUCCCUGUUAUCGCCAAACCUGAAUUCUGUACGUCAAGCUACAGUUAGUAUGAGAAGCUGUUUUAGCAGUUCUCACAAAACUAUUUAAUAUGCUGUUCAGCAAUAGACAUACAAAGUACUUUAUGGAAAGUGGUGCUUUCUUACGACUCUGGAUGUAAACUGUCUUGUAAGUUCUUGAGUACCUGGAUGACAUGGCCCUGGGCUUUACCUUGUCUUCAUUUGCAAAAGGUUAAGAAUAUAAUUUCAAAGUCAAGUCAGUAUUUCCAUACUCAUUUAUUUUAAAUGAUAGUUAUAUUCUUAAUUACAACAUGGUCUUCACAAGAUGGCAAAACUCUUAAAUAGUGUACAAUAAGCAAAAUCUUCUACCAGUUCUGUCUUUUGUAACAAGUGGAAGGGAUUUUCUGUAUUAUUAUUAUUGAAAUACUGUGUUACUGAAUGCUUUAAGGUUUGUUACCUGGGGAAAUAUUUUUAUGGUUAAACUAGUGAAUUUGUUUCCCUAAAAUAGUAUAAUUUUAAUAGCUGUUUGUUUGAAAAGAUUGUAAAUUAUUGCACUUUUGUUAUGAUGUGGUCAGCUGAGGGGAAGAUACCUGCAGAAAAAAGUACCAUUCCCUUAAACAAAUUGGGUCCUGCUUCAUCACGUUCUCUUGAAUUAGCCAAGUACAGUCAGCAGCAAUAGUUGGGAUAAGUAGAUAACUAGUUGAAGCAAACUGUUUUAAAUGUUUGCACAGAUGUGGUGUAAUUCUGCCUUUUGUUUAAAGUAACCUUUUCUCUCCCCUAUAUAGUAUGCAUAGGUCUGUGGGGGCCCAACCAUGCAUUCCUUGCAUGCCCUAAGCUUUCACUGAAGAAGGCUCCGGAAGGCUUGAAGAUGAAUGUUUUAACGAAUUUUAGUGAUAGAGUGGUUCUUCCUACAUUAACUGACACUGUAAUUGGUUUGUGAUAUGCUAAUAGAUGUUGCAAAUCACAGGGAAUUGCAAUUUGGAAAUCUUGGGGUUCAGCUUUUCUUUCUUGAUGACUUUCUCUAUUUAAGAAAAGCUUUAAAUUAAGCCUAGCUUCUAAUUAGAAUCAGACGUGUUGGUCCUCAUCCUGCAAUCUGAUCUGUGCAGGCAGAUUUCUGUUUGCAUGGAUUCUCAUCUCGCUGGGAUUCUUGAGGCUGCUGGACUGGGGAAGAGAUGAGUACAGAAACAAAGGGUAAACUACAGUAUCUUUUCCAGUAUGGUAGGUCUUCAAACAAUGGACUGAGCACAAAUAGCUGUUUACUACUGCAGAAUAUAUGGACCAUGACUACUUUUGUGAGUGUGGGAGGCUAAUGCUUUCACUUCAUGAAUUUCCCCUUAAAAAAAAAAAAAAAUCAUGGAAUUUAAUUCUUAUUGUAUAAGUAUACUGACAUAGGAUAGGAUCCAGCGAAACUGCAUGUUUUGAUAUGAAGGUUAGAAUCAGGGUUUUUCCAAAAAGACUUUGAACAGGAUUCUUUAAUCUAAUUAGAGAGAUUUAAUUAUCUUUUGUUUCUAAGUUACUGGUUUUUACAAGUUCUGUUCAGAAUAGAGUAUCUGUUUUCUCUCAUCAUAUACUUUUCUGUGUAUUUAAGUGCUGAAACAAAAAAACCCCUUUGGAGCAAGUUUUUAGAAAAAACCCAAUGCUUUGGCAAUAUUGAAUUUGGAGUGGAUUGUAAUGUGUCUGUGCAAAGACUAGAUUUUUUGUCAUUUUAUUUAUUGAAGAUGCCAUUAAAUGUGUUACCAAUUCUUUCAAGUUGGACUUAUGAUUGAAAUAAAGAUUAAAGGCAAUAUGCCAAUGUGUUGUGUCCAUUUAGCAGCAAAACUGUACAAAGAAUUUGAGGAGAUCCAAUAAAUUUUGUUCUGUGACUUAG